GAUGGCGGCUUAACCUUGUGUUCCAAACAAUCAACUAACUAAAAUCAUCAACGGUGCCGCAUUCUACACUAACUAACUUACCACCUUCAUCUCCUGCAAGCUACCAAAAACCAUUUAGCUAUUAAAUGACACAAAUUACGUGAAGAAGAUGGAUUUUACGGAUAUUCGCGAAGAUGAAUUAGUUUCAAGCCUUGGUGUUGAUUUUGAACAUGGUAGAAGACACAUGGGACCAAGGCAAGGUUUUCGUCCAGGAUUUGGGCCUCGCCCACCCCAUGGUCCAAUGGGACUUGGCCGUUCACCUCACUCCAACCAUCCUCCAGGGAUGAUGCAAGGGCCACCACGGCAACCAGAACCAUACUUUGGCCACCCUGGUCCAAGAGGACAUGGACCCUUGAUGAGAGCUCCUAAUAUGGGUCCGCGAGGACCACCUCAGUCACAUGGAAUGCAUGGACAAAGGCCAAGAAUGCAAGGAGGUCCUGGCUCUGUUCCUCAAAUGAGGCCAGAAACUGGAAUGGGACGAGGUAGGAAACGAACACAGUCUGGGCCAAAACCUUCCCAGACACCAGAACGGCAAAGAAAGGGAUCUAAAGGCGGUGGCCCUGAUGAGAGACAAGAACAAACAACCAAAGAAGAUGGUGCAAAGAAAACCAAGAUGGAUGCAGAUCAAACAAAGAAUAAAGAUACUGAAGCUCAUGAAAGUGAUAUAGAUGAGGAUAAGCUACUGAAAAGUGAUGAUGAAGGAGAAGAACCAGCCSCUCAGGAAGAUCUUGAUGCUGUUAGUAUUCAUGGUGAUGAAGACAUCGAUGAUAUAGAUAAAGAGGUCAAAAGUGGGAAUCCUGGAAAGAGUGCAGUAAAAAAUGAAGCUGCAAAGAAAGAUGACAGUGAUAGUGAAGGUGAAAAAUCAAAAAGAGAGAGGUUCCCAUCAGAAAGACCUAAAGAAGAAAAACCUAGAAGACCAGAACAAGGCAAACCAGAUUUCAAAAGGUCUGAUUUCAGAAGGCAAGAUAACAGAAACAAAAAGGACUUUGCUUUUGGUCGAGGUAGAGGAAGAGGAGGGCCUGAUAUGCAACGAUUUGGUGGUCCCCCGAUGCGUAUGGAGCCACCCAGAGGACCUAUGAUGAGACCAGGACAACCUGGUCGCCCUGGAUUUCCAGGUCAUAUGAUGCACCAAGGACAUCCAGGAUAUCCAGGACAUCCAGGAAUGCAGGGUCCAAGGUUUGACCAUCCUGGGUUACCUCCAAGAAUGAUGCAUCCACCGGAAGAUCCUCYACGUCAUGGUCCAGCACCCUUUCCUGCUGGUGGUUCAAUGUCUGGUCCUUCUGGACCUCCUAUGCAAAUGAAGCCACCACAAGGAAAGAACAUACACAUAAACCCACACUUCAAACCAGGACGAGGAAUGCCUGAAGGUCCCCCUGGAGGACGUCCAGGCCCUCCAAUGCAUUCAGGGCCUGAUGGGCCUGGGCCCAGAAUGAUGCAUCUUCAUCCUAACCAGGGUCCAGAACAAUUACAACCUGGUCCUCCCAUGCACGGGCCACAGCACAUGGGUGAAUCACCUGGGCCCAAUAUGAGGGGUGGUCCUCAAAGAAUGGAGCCAAUGAGACCUAUGGAUUCUGAACCGAGACCAAUGCAUGAUGUUGGCCCCCCUGGACCAAGAGACCAACGUGGUCCACAUGAUGGACCUCCAAGAAUGGACCAUGGUCCAAGAAUCCCACAAGGGCCUCAAUUCCGAGGACAGCUUCCUGGUGGACCAAACAUGGCUCCACCUCAUCAUGGUGGCCCUCAAGGCAUGCAGCAAGGGCCCAGAGGUGGUGGUCUUCCUCCAGGUGGGAGGACACUAAGCCCACCACGCCCUCAGGCACACCAAGUUAUGCCAGGAAUGCAUCCCCAACAAAGUGUUGGCAACCUCCCACCACAUAUGCAGCCGCAUGGCCAACAAGGAAUGCCGCCUCAGAGAGAGCCACAAGUACCAUACAGUGAAGCUGACCGUAUUGUUGUGGGAAACAGGGUUAUUGUUCCUAAUGUUGAUCAACCCAAUCCAAUGCUUGGGCACAUGCCGGCAGGAUUUGGUGGGCAACCUAAUGCAGCUCCAGGUGCUGCAGUUGCAGCAGCAGCAGCAGCAGUAGCUGCAGCAUCACGACAGCAAUACCCAUUCCCACAGCAGUUCCCAUUUGAUUAUUCAAUGUAUAGUGCAAACUGGCAACAGUUGCUGCAACAGAGGGAUGCUUAUGCCGCUGCAGCUGCUUAUAAUAUGGAAAGCGAACGAAACAGAGCAGAAACUCCACAGCAAAAGACAAAUUUCAGCAUGGGGCUCGCAGCUACGGGUUUAUCUACGCGUCACACCAAGAAAAGACGUCACCGUUACACAGAUGAAGAAAGUGUUGGAAGUGAUCUUAGUAGUUCAAGGUCUUAUUCUCGUUCUCCAUCAAGAUCAUACUCCAAGUCGCCUGCAAGGUCCUGGUCAAGGUCAAGGUCUCUGUCUCUUUCUCCUUCAAGUGUCCGAUCAUCAAGGUCAAGGUCAUUUUCCAGGUCACUGUCUGGAUCUCCCCAAAGGUACUCUAGACCCUUGAAAUCUCGUUAUGACCGAAAUGACAGGCCCGCCAGAAGUUAUGAUAGAGGAAGGGCCAGACCGCCACGACACCAGGACCGUCCAAGAGAUAUACGGCCAAGAGAAAGACCUCCCAGAAUGGAAAGAGAUAAUAGACCCAGAGAUCGCAACCUACCACAUGACAGAGAUUUACGUGAUAGGGAAAGGGAAAGAGAACGAGAAAGAGAAAGAGAACAAGAAAGAGAAAAAUUAAGGGAUCAAAGAAGAGAACGAGAAAGAGAAAGGGAUAGAGAUAGAGAUGCAAAGAGCCAUGAAAGAGAUAGAGACAGGAACAGAGAAGGUCGAGAUAGUGGAAGAGACCAAGAUAGGUCUAGAAGAGGUCGUGGGGAGUCAAAGCACUCUGAAUCAGGAUCUUCAAAGAGGAUUGUGGUUGGACCUUCGGAAAGCAAAAGCAAGUCAUCCUCUUCUGCAAACCCUGACUCAAAAGCCAGUCGUGUUGUUGUUACCAAGGGAUCCAGUGGAGGAAAGCCGACCAAUCGUGUGGUCAUUGGUUCCUUGCCUGACCUUAUCACUCCUAGUAGAGUCAAGGAACUCUUGGCUGGCAUCGGACCUAUACAGCAACUUAAAAUGUCUACAACCAAACACAAAGCACUGGUAACUUUUGAAAAGAAUGAGAAUGCAUUGGCUUGCCGCCGCAAGUUUCACAGAACUGUGGUGGAUGGCUCACAAGUCACUGUAGAUUUUCUUUGAAGCAUCAAACAGCAUUCUCUCUCCUCUUCUGGAAAAAAUCUGGAUUCAACACAUCUUCUACUCAAGAUAUGUCCAUACAUUUAAGUAAAGUAGUUCUCAAAAAUGUUUACAUCUUAAUAUGUAUUAGUUUCAUAAUUGCUAAUGUGCAUCGUGCAUGUCUUUCAUGUGUGUGUUGUUUAUUUUUAGUUUAUGUUUUAUAUAAUGUCUUUCUUCUUUUAGUUGAUGUGUCUGUGUUUUGUAUGACUGUUUGUCAUUUUCUUCCAACAAGGCAUGGGUCUUAGAAGCUGUUUUUUGCAUAUUUUUAUUAUCAAAAAACACCACAAAUUUAAGGUGUACUCCAUGACCUAUGGAGGCCCAUUAUUGGCCAACAUGUCAGCCUUUUAAUGAGUAGUGGAUAGUUAAUUUAUCUAUUGAUAUAAAAUUAUUAAUGAUUAGUGUUAAAUAUUAAUCAUUUAGCAGCUGUUCAACAAGCAAGCAUUUCAUAGCUAACACUUUGGCUGACACAAAAUGGCAGCCAUAAAGUAAAAUCGCUCUAUUCUUUAAAUCAAUGAGCACUUCAUGCAAAAGCCUCAAAUCUUUCGCUUUAUUCUUAGUACACUGUAGUAUCUUAAAUACUAUAGGCAUAUAGCUAAACUAUACUUGGGAUCAAAAAAGUAUUUCCAAUUUUAUGAACGACUGGUUUUCUACAUUGAAUUUAGUUUUACAAGCACUUCAACAUUACAUCUUAAGAGAGAGAAUUAUUAAUAAAAUUUUAAAAGAUUUUUGAAAUUUUUCAAUGCAUUUGCUGCGUAUCUAAUUCAUCUCUCAUGACUUUUUUCCCCACCAAAAAAAUAACCAGUGAAGGGCCGAGAACUUGAAAAAUAGAUUUAUUUUUCAAAAUUUUCUAGCACAAGUUACUUGAUUGUUUAAUUUUGUCAUGAUAAAAAUAUUUAGAAAAUGAUCCACUUUACCUCAAUAUUACCUCAUUAUGAUUUUCUGUCUUAGCAAUGCAUUUACAUUUACAUCUUAGAGCAAUUUUACUUGACCAACAUAUGAGUGUUAAUAUAACAGGCAGUAGUGGACUUUGGUAUAUAUUUUGUUGAUAAACAUCAAUUGUUACAUGUAAAUAUUCUCUGAUUUUGUUAUCAUAAAAACUGAUGUUGUUUGUUUUACAAGUAAGAUUGCUCUAUAUGUUGAUGCAAYUCUAGUAAAAUUGAAUGGAUUGAGUAAAGUAGGUGACCUUUUCUGAACUAUGGGGUUYGAUUCUUGUGUCCAAGACAGACCAGAAUGCCAAAUGGAAAUUGCCUGUGAUACAAACUAAGCUAAAUCCUAUUCUGAGAUAGCAAAGAUGGUGCAUUGUUUGUACCCAAGCUAGAGCAGAAUGUACCUUGUUUGCAAAUCUUUUAUGAUAAAGUUUAUGAAAUUAAGAAAAGAAGAUUCAGAGAAAGAGCCAUAAUUUCAAUGAAAAAAAAAAACAUUUAGAAAAUUGGGUUGGAGGAGUGAAGGCAUCAGUUUCAAGUGAUUAGGUGAAUAGCUUGCACUGUAGGUAUUUCAACAUUUCAACAUCUUUGCAAUGGAUUCUCUACAACAUUGCCAUAAAAAAGGCUAUUUUUGAGUGUCACACAGUGGGAUGUUUCAUGUGAUGUUGCAGAAGUAGAAAUUACUUUUACUAGUACUUCUGAGACAUCACAUGUAACAUCACACGAUGCAUGUGUCCACUGGCACCUUAACUUAACUGUACUUCAUUUUCAUUGAUGCAUUUUCACAAAGAUGAACUUCACAACAAGAGUAUGGAUCCAAUCAGAUUUGGAAUGACUGAAUGUGCCAUACCUGUAGGUAAUCUUCACUCUGGCUUGUAAAGUCAUGCCAUAUCUGAUGAUGUUUUUGGUUCAGUAUUACAGCCACUGAACUCAAAUCUAUAUGUAAGCCCUUUCAUKGUCAUUUGAUAGGCUUUCCAGGGGGCUGGUUUCCACCCAUAAGAACUGCCAUUUGAAAUAAUCUAUGGUGAACAAUUUGCAAAGUCCUAAGGCAGAAUAAGGAACAUUGGUUGAAUGGUUUGUGGGGACCCUGCUUAUAGCAUGGUUGACACAGAUACAAAAAUGUUUCAGCCAAUCUUUCUAUAUCAUUCUGUACCUCUUUUUGGUCAAUAACCUCUUUGUAUCAAGAAUUCUAAAACAUCUCUCAAAAAAAUGUGCACUCUUAUAUUCGUCAAUACYGUUUCAUAUAAAUCAACAUAGAUUGCCUACAUCUGCGGCAUUUCCUAGCAAUUGUGUAUUGAACUUAUUAGGCAUUACAGUAAACGCUUGCAGCUUUUAGCCAAUAUAAAACCUCAACUUGUCCAUCAGACCAAUGUGACCACUGCUUUCAUUGCUACAUGCUGAAACAAAUUAUUAUCAUAUAGUAACCAAAUUUCAAUUCUUUUUUUUGUAUUCAUUAUUUUAUUUAACCUAUUAGUAGGAUUAAACUAAAAUUAUUAGAUCUCCUCCUCAUGGUCUAUGAGUCAGUAACCCCUUUGACCUUCGGCCUUGUGGGCUAUUGACUCGUAGACCAUUCAGGUUGCAGGUCUAAUGGUUAAAUAGACCUUGACCAUUAACCUGCAAGUGCAUUUAGUCUCAAUCAGCAAGUACCAAUAGAAAGUUGGUUAGAACUGCAAGGUUCCACACUUACUUGUCUACAAUACAUCAAAGUGUAUUCCAUUACAUUUAUAAGGCUUUGUAUCAAUAAGUUUCAUGCUGUCUUCAUGCUAUAGUGCUGUAUUUAAUACCAUUCAGACCAUGCUUCUGGCAUUAUUUUGCUGCUGUGCUGUGCAGCCCUGCCUUGUUGGAAAUUUGUGGUGUGACUGUUUUUUGUACUGUAACUUUUAUUAUUUGUACAUUGUGUUGAUUUUGUGCUGCCAACUAGUUGAAUUGUUUUUAGCAGCUAAAAAUUUUGAGACAACCUAACUAGAAUAGACUAUACUACUUGAUAAUAAGAAACAAGUUUGUAUUGCUGCAAUGAUAAUUAAGAAAUUACAUGCAAGAAAAAAGAAACAACAUAGAAUGGAACCUUGGAGAAUGAGAAACACCUAUAAAAUGGAUGGAAGGAUGAAGAAUAUGAAAUGGAAUCAAUGGAAAUGAAUGGAUAAUGGUUAACAUCUCAUAAUACAAUGGAAAAUAUGGUGUGGAAAUGUCACUCAAUGGAUGGAUGGAUUUCAUUAUUUUUCAAUGGACAGUAUCAUUCUAAAACCAGGACUUCUAACUUGUAAGCAAGCUGGAUCAUAUGGAUCAAUGGACAUUGAAGUAAGCAACAUAUGUACUGUAAGUUAAUUUUAUUGUUUUGAGAGGUUCUUAGAGGUUCUUUUCUAUGUUAGAACUAGAAACAUAUAACCACAGCCGAAUGUAUUGCUUAUUAUUACCAGUAUCAAUAUACCAAAACACAUAAAAAAAAGUUUCCAAAAACUUGA